AUGGCAUCCCACGCAGCAUCUAGCUCCUCCGCGCCCCUGCCAUCUGGCACUAACAGCAACAACAACAGCGCAGCAUCACACGGCCUCUCCCUCCCCUCCAACCUCCCAGUCCCAGAAAACGACGGAGGGACGAUCCACCUUGUUGGCCACCCUUUACCAGCUUGUGCACCUCUUCGCGUCAUCCAUCCCUCUAGUUCCUCCCCAUCAGAAUGCGAGGAGGACGGAGAAGGAGAGGUCGACCUCUUCAUGCGCAGCAUCACCCACCCAGAGCGGGAUAUCCUUCUCUUCGUCUACCCGCACACGGGAAAGCCCAAUGCACCACCUGGGAAUGGAUGGGAUGAGAUCGCGGGGGCAAGAGGAUGCACGCCGGAGCUAGUCGGCGUGAGGGAAGGGUUGACCGCGUUGCGACGGGAGAGGAAGGGAGGCAACGACGUGAUGAUUUAUGGGAUGAGCGGAGAUGAUCAGGAGUGGCAGCGGGAGGUUAGCGGGAGAUUAGGACUCAAUUUCCCCCUCCUCUCCAGCCACCCAGCCUCAUCCCACCAAUUCAGCAAAGCGCUGGACCUCCCGACCUUCGAGCAUCAAGGCAACACCUAUCUCAAGCGAUGCACUCUGCUCAUCCGUGAGGGACAGGUGGUGAGGUGUGACUAUCCCGUCUUUCCUCCUGACGCGGCGUGGAGGCGGGUGGUAGAGCAACGCUGGCUCGAUGAGGAAGGGCAGUAG